AUGUCUGAAAGUGAAGAUUUUGAAUCAUUAAAAGUACUUGAACUUCAAAAUGAACUUAAAAAACGUGGUCUUGAUACAAAAGGACGUAAAGCUGAUUUAAUUGAUCGAUUAAGGCAAGCAAUUAAUAAUGGAAGUGAAGCUGGUGAUUCAACAAUAAAUGAUUCUACGCAUAGUGAUAAUGAUGAUGAUGAUGAUGAUGAUGAAUCAGCUGCAGCUAUAAUAGAAGAUACUAAUCAAGAUAAUGAUGAACAAGAAGAAGCAACAGGUGAAAAAGAAGAAGUAACAGAUGAACAAGAAGAAACAUCAAGUGAACAAAAUUUACAAACCAUUGAAGAUCAUCCUAUUGAUGAACAAAAUAUAGAUGAAUCACCAUCAAAUAAAAAACGUCGUCUAACAGACGAAGAAAUAGAAAAAGAAGUUGAAGAAAUUGAAGAUAAUACAAAUGAAAAUCAAACAAAUAAAUUAGAAAAUGAUGAUGAUUUAGCAAAACAAAAACGUAAAAAAAAGAGUCGCUGGGCUUUAGAACAAGAUGAAGAAUCAUCAGAAAAACUAUCAACUACAAAACAAACAUCCGAUGAUGAUGAUGAUGAUCAUGAUGAUAAUGAUGAUAAUAAUAGUAGUAGUAGACAUCGAGAACGAGAUCAUGAUCGUGAUUAUCAUCGAUCAUCAAGACAACGUGAUGACGAUCGACAUUAUAGUAGUCGACAUUCAGAAAAAUCAACGGAAAGAGAAAUACCACUUCCGGAAGAAGAAACAGUACAAUUUAAUAAUGAUGAUGUUGUGCUUGAUUUUUAUACAUCUGAUUUAAAUCUUACUCUUAAUCCGGAUUGUUUAUCAGCAUUGAAUAAAUCUAAUGAUGCAUUAUGUUUCUUAUGGGCUGGUGCUCGUGCAACGUAUGGAUUUAAACAAGGAAAAAUUUGUUAUGAAAUUCGAAUAAGUGAAAUAAUAAAUUGUCCACAAAUGCCCGAUAGUGAAAAAGAAAAAUUCGGUAUUCGUGUCGGUUGGUCAAAUUUAUCGUCAGGUCUUCAUGCGCUACAAUUAGGUGAAUUCAAUGAUUCAUUUGCUUAUACAUCAAUUGGUAAAAAAAUGAGUAAAACAAAUGAUGAAUUAAUUGAAGAGACUUAUGGUGAAUCAUUUGGACAAUCUGAUAUUAUUGGUUGUUAUAUUGAUUUUGGAGAUGAUAUAGAAGAUAAUUUAAUUCGUAUAUCAUUUACAAAAAAUGGUGAAGAUUAUGGUCAAGCAUUUGAAUUUUCAAAAAAGAAUUUAAACGAAUUUUAUCCACAUAUAUUAGUCAAAAAUGUUAAAUUUGAAUGUAAUUUUGGACAAUUAGAACAAUCAUGGUUUGAAAUCAAAUCUGAUUAUACAUUUGCACAACGAAUUCCUUUAUCCGAUCGUGUACGUUGUUCAGAACCAAUUUUAGAAAAAUCCGAUUGUCAAGUUAUUCUUCUUUCGGGUUUAAAUGGUUCUGGUAAAACAACAUGGGCCAAAAAAUAUAUAGAAGAUAAUCCAAAAAAAGAUUUUAAUUUAUUAAAUAUUGAAUAUGUUCUGAAUAAAAUGACGACGGAUGGAAAAUUACCAAUUAUAAAAGAUCGUAAUGAUGGUUUAAUGUUACGUGUGAAUAUAUGUUUACAAAAAUUAAUUGAAAUAGCUGCACAACGUCGACGAAAUUAUAUUAUUGAUCAUGUAAAUACAACACGAGAAAGUCAAUCUAAACGUCAACGUUUAUUUUCUGGUUAUCAUCGAACUGGUGUUGUUAUUGUACCUGAUGAUGAUGAAUUAAAACGACGUAUUGAAAAAUUAGAAAAAUCAGAAAAUAUUUCAAUACCAUCACAAUGGAUUAGAGAAGCUAAAGCUAAAUUUUAUUUUCCACAAAAAAGUUCAUCAUUAGAAGAUGUUAUCUAUCCAGAAUUAUCUUAUGAGGAUGCGAAAUCAUUAUACGAUAAAAUACGUCGAGAUUAUGAUCAACAUCGUUCAUCAUCAUCGUCAUCACGUUAUGAUCGACAUGAUGAUUAUCAUUCAUCACGUAAUAAUAAUCGAAAUCGUUAUGAUGAUCGUGAUCAUCGUAGUCGAGAUCGUGAUCGUGAUCGUGAUCGAUAUGCUCGCUCACGUUCACGUUCACGUGAUCGAGAUCGUCGAACAUCAUCACGUGAUGAUUCAAGGUUUUCAUCAUCACAUAGAAAUGAUAAUUAUCGUGGUGGUGGUGGUGGCGGCGGCGGUGGCGGUGGUGGUUAUUCUCGUGGUGGAGCUAAUCGUUAUUCUGAUCAUCGACAAGAUUCAAGAAGUAAUCAACGUGCUGGUUUUCAUGACGGUGGUAAUAAUAAUUAUCGCGGAAGAGGAAAUAAUUAUAAUAAUCAAUCCAAUGAUGAAUGGCGUGGUGGAUAUGGUCAUCAACGAAAUGAUUUUAAUAGUGGACGUAAUCGUGGUGGUUUUGAUAAUAAUAGAAAUCAAUAUAAUAAUAAUCGUGGUUCAUAUCAUGAUAAUCAACGUACUGGUGGAUUUAGACAAGAUUUUAAUAAUCAACAACGAGGUAGACAAUUUAAUGAUUAUAGUAAUAAUCAACAACAACAAGGUGGUGGAAGAGGAUUUAUGCAGAGCAAUAAUACUUUCAAUCAACAACAUGAAAGACAAAAUUUUGUUUCUAGACCUCCUAUGCAACAACAACAACAGCCACAACAACAGCAUUCAUUUCAUACUCCACAACAACAGCAACAACAACGCCUACAACCACUUCUUCAAAAUCUACCAUCGAAUCAACAACAAUUUCCGUCUCAUCUGACACAACAAACAGCAAAUAAUCCCAAUCUAUCGUUACCAACACAGAACCCAUUAAAUGUUAACCCAUUAUCUAAUCCUGCUAAUGUAACUCAACAAAACGCACUUGAUCCAUGGCUUGCAUUAAUGUCAGCUGCCCUCAAUACCCAGCCUACAGCAGCAGCAGCAGUAGCAGCACCUCAACAACCGCAACAAGAUACAAAUUCCUUAACUCAACAAUGGGCACAAUGGUUAAAAACAGCACAAAUGGCUCAAACAGCACAACAAGUUCAACCUCAAUUAACAGUUCAACAAACUGAUUCUCAUCAACAACAGACACAAAUUCCAGACGCAAGUGCUUUGUAUUAUCAGGCAUAUUAUGCUCAAUUAGCUGCUGCACAACAACAAGCAGCAGCAGCUGCUGCCGCCGCCGCUGCCGCAGCUGGAUCAACGAACGGAGGUGUUGCACCACCAAGCAAUAGUGAUAAAUAG